CAACAAUGAAGUUCAUCUCACUCAUCAUUAUGAUUCUGUCUGCCGUAGUGCCAGUAGUACUUGGCACAGAUAUGGCACAAACACCCCCCAACGGCGAUCCAUGCGACAAGCCUGAACACUACGCUUGCGGAAACCUCGCGAGUUAUAACAAGGGCAAUGCAUAUUUGUCUUACUGUUUGUUAGACCACACCUUGGUGGUCCUGCAGGAUUGCACCUGUCCGACUUGCUGUAGCGUCUGGGGCGGAGGUACUAUCGGCAGGCAGACGAGAUGUAAUUGAGGAUAAUGCCUUGAAAUUGUCCGGCAAAUCAGAAAAAGCCCCGAACAAUUUCCAUCGGU